AUGGAGCCCGUCAGCUUUGCUGUCGGAAUUAUAGGGCUUGCAGGUCUCUUUAGUACUUGCUUGGAGGCCGUUGAAAGAUUCGAUUCGUGGAAAGACUACGAUUCCGAGUUUCGUUCUCUUGUCGCCCAAUUCAAAGCCCAAAAGCUUCGACUCGCGAAAUGGGGUGUGGCCGUGGGCCUAGAAGAUGACGAACUCUCAUAUGUACACAACGCUCUUCUUGAUGACCCAAAGAUUGAGUCGAUGGUUAAAGAGAUCCUCUUGGCAAUCGAUGCUGUUUGCCGUGAUGAGGAUAAGGCGUUUUUGACACCGAUGCUGGGAAAAGACGAAAACUCCACCAAAGACCAACUAUUCCAUCGCCAUGCUCCUCGCGAAUCCAAACGUCAGAAACUUGGAUGGGUUUUCAGAACCAGAGCUAAGCGAGUCACGCAAGUCGAUAAUUUCUCUAAAUUGGUGGAAAGUCUUCAUAACUUGAUACCAAUCGAGGAUCCAAAGGAACAGAUCGGAAGAAGACCCACUGGUGACAGAGUGUCGGAGGCAGAUGGAUGGCGAAAUGAGCUCGAAAAUCUGGUAAAGCGCAUGGAGACUCAGAUGGAAGAUGAAUAUAGACGAGAUCUACACGCAUGGCUUCUCGGCCCUAGCUCUUCAAACGACCUGUACGAGAUAUUUUCUGAGAGGAAAAUCAAAGGCACUUGCGAGUGGGUUUUGGACCGGCCAUGGUUCCUUAACUGGAACUCACCAGACUUCCCAACUGGAUGUGCUAAGAUUCUCUGGAUCAAUGGUCAUGCGGGGUUUGGGAAGUCAGUCAUAUGUGCGAGAGUUAUUGACCAUAUUUCUUCCAGUUCGAAGGACCCAGUCGCUCAUUUCUUCUUUUCAUCCGACUUUGAAAGCAGAAGGGACCCAUUUAUCGCAAUUAGGUCAUGGCUAUCCCAAUUGUUACGCCACCCUGUCGUCUUUUCUUUAGCCCGCGAGAGAUUGGCAGCGCAACAAGGACAGAGAGCAACGCGUGGCGAUGCACUCAAGCUCCUACGUGAGGUUGCCAUAAAGAUACCCCGGUGCACAUUUGUCCUGGACGGCCUCGAUGAAUGUAGAUGGGUUGAACAGGACUAUAACUCCAACCGUGGGGCUUCGGUUGUUGACUUUCUGGAGACAUUGAGACAAGCAGUCGCUGGUACAUCUACUCGACUUUUGGUUGUUAGUCGUGAUGAGCCAGAAAUCCGGGCUUGUCUUGUGAACGAGUCCAAUACCAAUGAUGCUAUUGUCAUCCAGCACAGCAUCACACCCGAGGACGUCCGACCAGAUCUUGAUAUUUUCGCUCGCUCCAUAGUGAACAAAAAGUUAUCAACAAUGACAGAAACGACAAAGGAAGACAUUUCUCAAAAACUGGCUGAGUGUUGUAACGGACAGUUUCUCUGGGUCCAGAUGCAGGAAGGCCAGCUGCGCGACUGGCAAAGUCCAAAACAACUCGAAAAGGCGAUCAAUUCCACUCCUCCUGGUCUUGAUAAGACCUACGACCGAGAGUGGAUGGGGAUCUCACAUCUCUCUGAACAUAAUCGAGAAAGAAGUAUAGCUUUACUACGAUGGGCCGCGUUUGCCCUUCGGCCGCUUUCAGUGUGUGAGAUGGCUGGAGCCUUGUUGAUCAGCGCAGAUUGUGAUGAGGUCAGAUUCGAAGAGGUGCCGGGAAGAAUUAACGAGAAUUACAUCAGAACAGAAAUGUUGGAACUUUGUGGGUCAUUGAUUGAUAUUCGAAGUCCUGAGGGAGAAUGUGAUCCCGGGUCGAGAACUGUACAUUUGGCACAUUUCACUGUCAAGGAAUACUUGCUAUGCAACCUUCCAGUACAAGGGAGACUAUUACAACUCAACUCGAGCUUGAAAUUUUCGACAGAAGGAAUGGAGAACACUUUGGCUGCCAGGAUGUGUCUUUGCUACGUGGACUGCGAAGAAGUUUGGCAAGAGACCUCUGAGGACGGGGGAGCUCAGGUCCUUGGCUCUUUCCGGGAUUAUGCUGCCGGAUCAUGGUAUCAGCACGCCUCUUUCGGAAAUAUACGUGACUCGGAGCUGGUGAAAUCUGUGAACCAGCUUUUUGAUAUCGAAAAUCCAAACUGGGCCUCGUGGAAAGGGUGGUUCGACCUGAAUGAUGUGUCACAAAAGAUAGGGUGUUUCGACAGCGACGAGGACCCAGAUCCACCAACCUCUGACGACAAACAGGAGAUAGUGUCUUCGAAGAGCGGAGAUGAUCCAGACUUAUCUACAUCUAAAGACGGACAAACCAUCCAAAUCACCUCCAUGAGCCCUUUGUACUAUGCGACAUGGCUUGGUCUAAUUGAUACUAUGGACCUUCUCCUACAAAGCGAAAAAUGCUCAAUCGACGAGCAAGGAAAAUUUGGAUGGACCCCGUUAUCAGCAGCUUGUGAAAGAGGACACCUGGAUGCUGUCAAGAAACUCUUAGACAAUGACGCGGACCUUGAGAUAGCCGGUGAUAAUGAGCACACACCUCUUCACACUGCCGCGUGUAGUGGGCAUGUCAAAGUAGUAAAGCUACUUCUUGAGAAGGGCGCCAAAAUUCAAAACGGAUCUGAUGGGUCGAAAACGCCACUUUAUUGUGCCUGUUUAAACGGUCAUAAUCAGGUAGCCCAAAUGCUCCUUCAAUGGGAACCUGAACUGAUUAACACGCACAAAGAAUGGAUACCUCUGCUUGCUGCAUCCCAAGGUGGGUUUCUAGAUAUUGUCCAGCUCCUUAUCCAGAGAGGAGCAGAUAUUGGCGCCUCUGAUAGCUGUGGAGAAACACCUCUCUAUAUUGCAUGCGAAAAUGGUCGCAUUGAGGUUGUGCGCCUAUUGCUUGACAAAGGUGCAGAUGUUCACCAUCACAACCAAUUCGGGUGGACGCCAGUAAAUACCGCCUCUGAUGAAGGAUUCUCAGACAUCGUUCUCCUCCUUGUCGAGCGAGGGGCAGAUAUUAAUUUCCCGAAUCAGGCUGGCGAGGCACCUCUCUAUAGUGCUUCCUGGGAAGGUCAUAUUGAGGUUGUACGCCUAUUGCUUGAGAAAGGGGCAGACACAGAAGUCCAAAACGAGUCUGGGGAAACGUCUCUCUAUGUUGCUUGCUACAAUGGUCAUCUUGAUAUUGUGCGCCUAUUGCUUGACAAAGGUGCAGAUGUUCACCAUUUGAACCACGAAGACUGGACGGCGGUACAUAUCGCCUCACAUAAGGGGUUUUUAGACAUUGUUCUACUUCUAAUCGAUAGAGCGGCAGAUAUUAACGCCCAGAGUAAGUUUGGAGAGACGGCCCUCCUUCGCGCUUGCUCCAACGGUCAUAUUGAAGUUGUCAAAAGUCUCAUUGCAAAGGGUGCAGACUUUGAAAUUUCGAAUCAAUAUGGCUUAAACCCGCUGAACGUUGCCUCCGAGAAAGGCUUUUUAGAUGUCAUUACUCUGCUACUCGAGGAGGGAGCAUCAAUUGAAAAUGCGGUCGAUAAUGGCAAGAGAGCCCUACAUAUGGCUGCAUGGAAUGGCCAUCUGGCCAUUACCAAUAAGUUGCUUGAGAAUGGGGCAAACAUUGCUAGCGUGACAAAAGAUGGGCGCACGCCUUUACAUUUUGCAUCAUGCAAUAACUCAUUGGACGUUGUUAAUCUCUUGCUUGAGAAAGGCGCGGAUAUCAAAGGUAGGACUGUGGAUGGGCGCACACCUUUACAUUUUGCAUCAUACAACAACUUAUUGGACGUUGUUAAUCUCUUGCUUGAGAAAGGCGCGGAUAUCAAAGGUGUGACUGUGGAUGGUCUAACGCCUUUACAUUUUGCAUCAUGCAAUAACUCAUUGGACGUUGUUAAUCUCCUGCUUGAGAAAGGCGCGGAUAUCAGAGGUGUGACCGAGAAUGAUCCCACGCCUCUACAUUUUGCAUCAUAUAAUACCUCACUAGAAGUUGUUAAUCUCUUGAUUGAUAAAGGAGCGGAUAUUGAAAGCGUGGACAUGCGUAUGGGGACUCCGCUACAUAUAGCUUCAGUUUCUGGGAACCUGGACGUUGUUAAUCUGCUGCUAGAAAGGGGCGCGGCCAUCGAGAGCGGGAAUUUUGAUGAUAGAACGCUCUUGCGCUAUGUGUCACCACAUGGCCAGCUGGAAGUCAUCAACAAUUUCCUUCAUUCUGAAAAGCUCGGGAUUGACAUUCGGGUUGAAAAAGGCCGCACUCCAAUCUUCUAUGCUGUCGCACAAGGCCCCAGCAAAAUGGUUAAACUUCUUCUUCUGCGUCUUCAUGCAAAUACAAAGGACCGGUAUAGCGCGAUGCGACUAUUAGCCGCUGCGAGAAACGGUUAUGAAGAGGCCAUCGAACAGCUGAUCACACUAGCAGGGAGGCAGUCAAACUUGGAUGGACUUGGUCGAGACUUGAUCUGGUGGGCGAUAGGGAUUGGGCGUGGUCGGAUCCUUGGUCUGAUACACCAGUGGUGCUACACACAAAGCUUUGGUGCUCGAACCCCACAAGCUAGCGACGACAAGCUUUGGUCCUUGGUGAAUUUGGAUCUGGGGCGGAUUUGCGAUGUGUGCACUCGGCCGAUGCUGAUUAAUACUUCAUAUCGCCGAUGUGAAGGUUGCAACAAUUUCAACAUUUGCAUGGAUUGUAUGGGAGUCAAAGUUAAUUGCUUGGAUACUGUUCAUGAAUGGUCCUCUUGUGAGCCUGAUUGGUUGGGGGAGGAUGGGAAGGAUCGGAGAAACGACAGGAACGACGACACGAGAGAUGGGAAUGGGGAUAGCAACUGA